ACGAGGCAAAAACCGAAUACAAGCCUUGGUACGAUUUGGAUCACACAACACCUUCACAGUAAGGUCACCUAUACACACUCCUACCACGAGAGAGAUAGAGAGACAACAAUCAGAAUUCAGAAGCUUUCAUGGCUUUCACUUUACGCACCUUUCCACUGAUGUAGUAUUUGAUACAGUACCUCUGCUUAUUCUGUCUCUCACACUGUUUGUUUGUUUGUUUCUCUGUUCGAUGGCUGAUGUUGUUCGAUUAUCUUUCAAUUCACUACGGUUCUAUUCUUCUCUGUUGACCUCCUUGUCGUCGUCGUCGUCUUUGAAUUCUUUCCAACCGAGUCUUCCACACAAUCAAAGGUUAUGCAAGAAAAUUUUCUCCAGUGCCGAUUCUUGUUCUGCUACCGUUGAUUUUGUCCCUCGCUUUGCCUUCAGUCCCCACAAGCAAGUAAAAUCGUUCAAGGUACAUGCAACUGUUGCUGAAACUGAGCAGCCAAAAUGGUGGGACAAAAAUGCAGGACCAAAUAUGAUAGAUAUUCAUUCUACACAAGAAUUUUUGGGUGCUUUGAGUCAAGCUGGAGAUAGACUAGUUAUUGUUGAAUUUUAUGGAACAUGGUGUGCUUCUUGCCGAGCAUUAUUUCCCAAGCUUUGCAAAACUGCUCAGGAACACCCUGAAAUCGUAUUCCUGAAGGUCAAUUUUGAUGAAAAUAAGCCGAUGUGCAAAAAUUUGAAUGUAAAGGUUCUUCCUUAUUUCCAUUUUUAUCGCGGAGCCGAUGGACAACUGGAAUCCUUUUCCUGUUCACUCGCCAAGUUUCAGAAAAUAAAGGAUGCUAUUGAAUUGCAUAACACUGCUCGUUGUAGUAUCGGUCCUCCUAAAGAUGUUGGAGAUCUUAACUUUGAAACGCCAUCUGUUCCAAAGGAUGAACAGUCAGGGUCUUCUUCAACGUAGGACUUUCCUUGAUUCACGCAACUGUUUAUACUUUUAUCUGUUGUGCUCCAAUGAACCAUGAUAGCGAGCUAUUUAUUAUUGUUUCUGUAUAUGUUCGUUUCCUUCUUGAAAGAAUUCUACGCGGUUGCCAUCCUGAUGCAGUCUUUGUCAUCGUUGUUCAAGUUUUGAUGUGGUGUACUAAAUUUUAUAUGGAAAUGAGUCAAGGUUGUCUUUUUAAUUUAGUUGAUCACCCUAGUUUUUCCUCGCCAAAGAAUAGUUUCG